AUGAUUGUCAAUUCGACUACAGCACCACCUGAGUUCCAGGUUAAUGCGUCUGGCAUCACUUUCGGCCUGGGAGUCGAGCUGCUUGCGACGGCAGGAUCAAUCAUCUCCAAUCAGACCAACAGCAGCGAAUGGCUUUCCGCAACAGAGGUUGAACAUUUUCUUGGCGACCCUGAUGUGCUGCAUGCUAUUGGUUUAGUUCUAGGAACAGGUGCCAUCGUGUGGGGCAAGAGGCUGCCACACAUGCUGGCUGCGGUGGCAUCGAUAAGUCUUGGUCUAUGGAUUGGCCUGGUGGCGCAGGACCGGCAGCACUUCAACACCCCUGUUUGGGGUGUGGACCUUCCAGAAGGAAAGUGGUUCCCUUGGGUGGCUGGAGUUGCUGCAGGAGCAGCGGCGGCAGUUUUGAGCUACUUCACCUGGAAGUUGGCACUGGCUCUGCUCACGGGAGGUUUGGUCACGCUGCUUGCGCUUGCUGCCUGCCGCUUGGCAAACGUAUCGCCAGAGAAAGUCUUCCAGUUGGGCUCCAACUUGCUGUCCUCGUAUCGCUUGGUUGGCGCUGUGGUGCUGACUUUAUCAAUCAUUGUCUUCUUCUUCAUGGUGAGGAAGUGCCAUGCUCAGAUGUCUGAAUUUGCAUCAGCGCAGCUGGGCACCUUGCUACUACUGUCCGCUGUUUCGCAUUUCGCAGCGCGAGUCGGAGCAGAGGCUCCAUUCUCCUUGCUGGAUGACCUGGCACGAAUGGUUUCAGAGGUCCGUGCAGGCAAUUGCCACUUGUGGGAGAACCAGGAGCAGCUGCAGGACCCUGGCCUUGCAGGGUGUGACUGCGGGGAGAAGUGCCGCACAGAGAUUGGUGCAUGGCUUGCGAGUUCUGCGACGGUUCUGGCAAGUAAGUGCAUGCUCCGGUGGUACCGCACCCGAAAGGCGGACAAGCCUACUCAAGAAGAGAUCGCUCCGCUAGCGAGAGAGGGCUCUUCCGGACCAGGAAUGUCACCUCAGGUGGUCGGCGCGGCUUCAGCGGAACCUUAG